CUCGAUAUUGCCUGAAGUUACAAGCAUUUUAAGCAAAGAUGGAUAGUGGCUAGCAGUGGAAUCUGGAUUCCAUUACUAUCUAUUAUAUUGACAGAAAUAAUUUUAACUAAAUAUUAGUCUUAUGUUGAUAAAUACAAUUUGUCAUAGACUAACUUAAAUCUGAGAAAUCAUUUUAGAAUGAUGGAGAAUAUUUACAGCUCAAGUGAAUGUUUUUGACAGUGUUAUGGUGAUCUUUGAGUCCUGUCGUUUAACUUUUUAAAAAUGUUUUCAUUGUCACUUAGGACAACACCAUCUUCUAUUUCAUAUAGAAGUAAGCUUUACAAUCAUUCCACGAGUACUGUAUCAGUUCGUUCUAACUGUCUUAUAUGUAACUAGUUCAAUUCACUUCUGUAUAUAGUAAAUGCUGAUAUUUAUGUUAUUAUCGUCCGGAACGAUAAUGAACGCUCUUCAAUUAAACCAUCUGGUAGCUAAGAAAACACAACACCAUCAAAAAUAGAAUAUAAUAUUGUAACUAUUAAAAAUCAUUACAUGUGACGUUAUUAAUGUGAGUCUUCUUUUCUUCUUGCAGGACAGCAGAGUAUAAAUAUACUGGAAGAAGAGGAACAAGCCCUACUGGAAUGAAAAACAUUCAUUUAUAAAUUAAUAAAUAUGAUUACUUAACUUGAGAAAAGUAUAAGGGAAAAAAGUAUACUGAACGACGAUUAAAGAAGGGAACAGAGGGGAACUAAAGAAGAAGAAAUAAUACGGAGAGAGACGUGAAGAAAUUCGGUUUUUCUUCCAAUGUAAUCUAGAUCAUCAAUCAUUUCAAGGUAUUGUAUUGAAGAUAGUCUUAAUAAUUGGAUGCAAUCAUUUGUAAUACAAAAAAUUUAUACACAUGUCAGUUUAAAUAAAGACGGACUACUAUUUCAGAAAUGGAUUGUUUUUCAUCUGCAUCUACAUGCUCUGAUGUAUCUUCAGAUACAGGGUCCGUACAGUCACCAUUUACACCUGUACAACAAACAACCCAAUCAACAUCAAUUCAUCUAACUAAUUCAAAUACAAUCGAUUCCAAUUAUUCAACUGGUAAUCCUAAUAAUAAAUUUAAUACAGCAAUGUUAUCGUCGAUAAUGACAUCUUCAUCGUCAUCAACAACUACAACACCAAUACCAGUCACAUCACAACAAAUCAAUCUUGAUUCAUCAUCAAUAAAUAAUAGUUUAUUGAAUUCUAUAGAACGUGAUCGUAAACAACGUGAAUUUAUACCGGAUUCUAAAAAAGAUGAUAAAUAUUGGGAACGUCGGCGUAAAAAUAAUGAAGCAGCUAAACGAUCCCGUGAAAAACGUCGACAAAAUGAUAUUCUCAUGGAAUGUCGUAUUAAUCAAUUACAAAUACAAAAUCAUAAGUUACAUCAUGAAUUAAUAGAGUUGAAAUUGCGUUUUAAUAUACCAUUAAAUGAUGAAGAUAAAAAAUUUAUGGAAAAUCAAUCAUCAACAUUAGAUGAUACACAAAACGAUGUAUAUAAUGGACAUCAUGACCAUCAUAAUAAUAGUGAUGGGGAAUUGAAAUUAUCCGAAAUGGAUUGUUGUAUGAUGUCAACAACAAAGUCAAGAAAUGAUUCAUUGUCAAUGGAUGAUUCACAAAAUGAAAUGUUAUUAAAAAGCGAUCAUUUAUCAUCAGUAUCACCAACACCACCGCCAUUAUUGCCACAGUCGCCCACAACAACAACGAUGUUGAUGACAACGACGACGGCAACAGCGACAUAUUGUACGACAGCAACUGUUUUACCAAUGUCAACGUCUUCAAUUGAUCCAUUAAUGAAUUCUGUGGUAAUGACAACGACAUCUUCGUCAUCGUCCUCACCUUUGCUGUUACAAUCAUUAAAUCGGAUGAAUUGUGAACAAAUGAAUAUUGAGUUGUCAGCAACAAACACGACAACUACAACAUCAGUUCUGUCUAAUAAUCAUAAUCAUACAGUUUCGAGUAAUUUUUUAUUCCCUCAUUUAAAUUCAUUGGAUAACACUGAUCUAUUAACAUUGAAACGUAUAUUCUCUAGUUUAGGUGUUGGAUGUUUAUCAACACCACCAACUACUUCGCCAGUGACAAUGAAUCACUCUUCAUCAACAUCAUCAUCGGCUUCUCCGCUAAUUGCGGCAGCGGCAGCCGCGGCAGCUGUUGCCGCAGUUGCUACAAAUGGUGGUUGUACAAUGCCUUUAUCACCUAUUCCCGGAAACAAUAACAAUAGUAUAUGUACAACUUCGACAACAACACCAUUUAAUAAUCUAUCAUCAUUGAAUACAACAGCUGCACUAUUACUUCGACAAGCUGGUUUAAUGCCAGCAUCUACUACUCCUCCGCCACCACCAAUGUCGCUGCAGUCUACUCUUCCAAUACCUCAACACCCUCAAACAAGUAGUUGUGGAUUGCAGGACAAUAUUUCGAUUAUGAAAAAUAAUAAUAAAAAUGAUAAAUUGUCAUUUUCAUCCUCAGUUAUACCACUGACAGCGGGUCCCACUGCUAAUGUUGGUGGCGGUGGUCGCUGUUCAUCAGUACAUUCAGUUAAAUCAGAUCUAUCUAAUAAUUCAAAUGAUUAUUUUGAAUCUCCAUUAGACCUUAGUUUAUGUUUACAAAUUAAAUCUGAAAGUCACAAUUCUGAACAUUUUCUAAGUGAUUCAAAUUCAGGUACGUCAACCUUGGACAAGCGUUAUCAAGAUCGUCGACGCCGUAAUAAUGAAGCAGUACGUCGCUGUCGAGAAAAUAAACGUGCACGUCUACUUGGACGUACAGAAACUACAGAGAAAUUACAAAGUGAAAAUCGUUGUCUACGUAAUGAAUUAAGUGGUUUAAGUAUGGAAGUUAAAGCAUUACGUAAACUGCUUACAGUCAGUGACCAACAACAGGAUCAACAAGAAAAUACUACUACCAUUACUACUUAUAAAAAUAAUUGUAUUAGUCGUAAUACUAGUAGUAAUGGUAUGAAUUAUUCUGGUGACGAUAAUGAAAUAAAGUUGCUUGAAGAAACAACAACAAUAACAACAUUGAAACAUGAUCAUAAAGAAGUUCCAUUAUCACCAACAUCAUCGUUAUCAUUACAACCACGACAACGACCACUGAUAUCAAUUUCAUCUUCAGAUGGUGACAAUGAAAAAGAAGUUGAGAAUACUCUGAUUUUUGAUCAUGAAACGGAAGUGAUUGAAACUAUGAAUGAUAAUAAUAAUGAAAACACUGACGAUGAUAUUGAAAUGCCAACAUUAACUACUAUGAAUGUGGAUAAUUAUUCCUUGAAUGAUGAUUAUAAUUUAUUGAGGUUCCAAACACAUACUGAUCAUCCUAAGAAAUUAUCAUCCAAUAACAUCAUGGAGACAUCCUCAUCAGAUGAUCAAAUCAAUAAAAAUGUACAGGUUUUAUUGCCGAAUGAACAUUCCCGACAUAUUGAUGACUUAUCACAAGAAAAACCAAUUAAUAUUGCACAGUUGGAUACAAACAACAAUACAAAUGAUAAUGUUAUUACUACUACUAAUACUACUAGUAAUGAAAAUAUCAGUUCCUCUGACAAUAAUAAAAUGAUGGAAUGUACUAAAAGUGAUAAUGAUAGUCGAUGUGGCGUUGAUGUCGUUGGUAACAGUAUUAGUAUUGCUGUUACAAAUAAUGGUGGAAUCCAAUCGACUGACUUAUUAACUCAUGUAAAUAAAAAUGUAAAUGAUAAACCGACAACUGUCAUCUUACGUGGACGUCGACGUACAUUGAAGACACCAAUACAUAAUAAAAACGCUAAAACUAACAUAAAUCCAAACAAUCAUCACGAUGAGAAAAAUACUAUUGAUACUAUUGAUAAUAUGGUUACUUCUAGUAUUACUCAAACUACUGAUCUGAAUGAUGCAUCAAAUACAUCCAUCUAUAAACAACACACACCUUCCUGUAAUACUGCUACUAACAUCAUAUCAAGUGGUAUAUCAUCAAAAAGUGAAAAUUCUUACAUUCUACCUGAUAAAUCAACUUAUUUUCAAUUAACUAAUGAAUAUUCCACAAGAAAUUCAGGGAAAGAAGAUAGUAUUUUAACUUAGCAUUUAUUUGUUUGUUUUUUUUCGGAGAAAAUUUAAUUUACUAAUGAAGUAUUGUUUAUAAUUGUGAAUUGUACACACCCUCCUUCCAUUCCGUCCCGCCCCCUGACCUUCUGUUUUUCUCGUCUCUUUUGCCCUGUUUUUUUUGUUUUGUGGUUUCGGCUAUUGCCCACUAAAUUCAUCAUCAGCACCUUAUUUUUGUGAUCAAAAGACAAUAUACAACUCAUGUUUAUUACACUGAUUUCAAAGUUAGUAUUCAUGUUGGCGCCGAUAUCUUCUGACUAUUAUUCUUCUGCUUAUCUUUUACCGAUUGAUCAUAUGCAUUUAUUCAUGGAAUUUAUGCAAUCAUGAUUCAAUUUUCAUCAAUUUUCUUUAUUUUAUGAGUGAAUUUCUUCUACACUUCAUUCGCUCUUCUUCUUUGUCUUUUUACUUUCAAUCUUCCUCUCUUUGAUUUAAAUCUUAGAACUCCAAUUGAAUCAUCUGCUUAUUGUAAAGUAAACAUUGAAAAUGCACAUAUUUUCAAAUGGUGUUCUUAUUGUUUAAUUGCUAUAUUGGUCAGUUAGUUUACUACUUUGUAUGAAAUCAGAUAACACAUAACAUCAUAGUCUUUGAAGAUGAAAAUACCAUCGAUACCAUGUUGAUUGACAAAUAAUAACCUUUUGGUACUCUCUUCUCAUUUCUCUUAACUAUUUCUCUUAACAACAUGACUACUCUCGUUAUUCCUUACUGAUUGACUAUUCAUAACUAACAAUAGUAGCAGUAAUAAUAAUAAUAGUUUUCUAAAUCGAUAUUCUUCUAUUUGUAUUCCAAUUAUUUAUAAUAUGUAUUUUUGUUUGUUUUUUGUAUCAUGUUGUUCGUUUGUUUAUUGUUACGAGAGAAGGUAGUUUUUUUUUAUAAAAAAAGUAUUUUAGUAAAUAUACAAUUUACAUCAUUGUUCCCGUUUAUCCCAUACUCCAUUUUCUAUUUCUGUGUAUUUUUUCCCGUCCAAAAGAUAUUGCUUACACUUUCCAUGACAUGUAGGAUGAUGAUACAUUAUCACUGUUUAUUGACUGGUUCAAGCUUCAUUUAUUGAACAUUGGAUUUUAUUGUUCACAUUUUAAUCGAUUUUUGUUUUUACGAAAACAUUUGACGAUAUAUAUGAGUUGUUUUCCUAUAAUUUGAUACUGUGUUCUUCACUUUAUCAUGUAGAUUAUUAAAUUUUAACUUACCUCAGUGGCGAUGGCGGUUGUUUUCUGCCCGUUUUUUUGUAUCUUAUACAGUACUGAUGUAAAUAAUAAUAAUAAUAAUAUUAUUAUUAUUACUAGUCUCCUCUGUUUUUUCGUUGUUUUUCUACCUGUUAUUUUUGUAAAAAAUGAUUAUCUUUGUACUCCGUCGCGCAUUCCUCUACUCGUUAUGUUACAUUGACAUGUACAUGUGUUUGUGUAUGCUCAAAUUCUUCCUAUCUUUUGAAUUCUUUUAUCAUUAUCCCCUUUUCUUCAAAAGAAUGUACGAACGAUUUUCUUGUUUCCUUCAAGAACUAAGUUUUUUCUUUGUUUAAAGAGAGGAGGAGGUCAAUUUAAACCGAAGUUCAAUGGAAUUACGACCUAAAGCAACAAAUAUUCUUCAUCAUUGAAAGUCAGCCACCAGCAUUUUCUUUGUUUCUUCUAUGUAUCAUGUUGUUUUUCCUUCAAAUCCUCUGAAGAAUACUAUUCACUUUUUUUGGUGAGAAUGGAGAUAGCAAUAAUAUUGGUAAAUAAGCGCCAAAUACGUUACGUUUCUUGUUUUAUCUUUAUAUGUCUUGUUUCUGUGUUUAUGAGAAUACCUUGCUAAUAUUCUGUUUUUGUGUUUAGAGUGUAAAAAUGUAAAAUAAAUAUAUGUAUGUCUGUAAAGUGUAUCUAGGUGCACUGAAACUUUUAUUGAAUAAUGACUAUCCCACACGCACACACAUACACAUUGGUGACUACAUAAAAGAAUAACCCCAUCGUUAUUAUUAUUACUAUUACUAUUAUUAUUAAUGUAUACCUACGGAAAGAACAAUCUUAUUAUUGAUAGUAAUCAUCAUUGUGUAAUAAUUUUUUUUCUAAUUCUAAAGAGAAAACCAAACGUUGCAUUCCUAUUAUCUGAUCAUUUUUCCUCUGUACGUGUAUGUAUGUGUGUAUAAUGUAUGUGUGUGAGGUCCUUCUACCUAUUUAUCAAUACUACUAUUAUUCCAAUCAUUGCACAUCAACCUCUAUGUGAUGAAUAUACUGCUCAGACGAAAAACAAUGAUAAUUAACAACUAGGAGAGCUUAAAAGUUACUUAGGAAACUAAACAGAACUAUAUAUGUAUUCCAGAAACAAUUGUGAAUUGAUUUUUGUAUUUUACAUAUUCAUUACACAAUCUUCUAAUAUAUAUAGUGUCAAUUUUAAAUGUAUUAUUAUGUGACAUUACUAUUACGAUUAUUAUUAUUGUUAUUAUUAUUAUUAUUAUUACUAUUCUUGUACACUUUUAUGAUUAUUGAUACCGAAUUACAAGUUGUUAAAUAUUGUAUUUUCCCUGUCAUUUUCUUAUAGAGAAGAAUUGUUUAUGAUCACUGUAAAAAUAAAACAAUCCAUGCAUUUUUCUUCACCGGUGUCUUACUACUAUUACCAUUAUUAUUAUUACUAUUACUAUUAUUAUUUAUGUGUUCGUGACAUUGAGGUUGGUGUGGAUUAUGCUGAUGAUGAAGAAGAAGAAAAAGAAGAAGAAGAAAAGAACAAUAAUUCUGAUAAAUUGACCUGGUAGUUACUAUUCUGGUCUAAUCUUCUUGUUACUACUCAGCCAUUAAAUUUCCUUUUAUCUUUUUCUAAGUUUGAUCAUUGUGCUCAAUAAUAACAACAAAUAACGAAGGUUUUUUGCUGUUUGUAUCAUUCCUGUUUUAUUACUCUUAUUAUUGUUAUUAUUACUAUUGAAUAAUAAAGUUUUUUUCUUUCGUUUUUAUAA